AUGGAACCUCCAAAACUGCCACCGCUUGCCAGGCCUGUUCCAUGGACCUAUGAUCCCACCUUCGUACCAGUCAGCGCCAGAGAGCGAGAGUCCUUCGAUUUGACUGCCGAGACCACAUUCAAUGUUCUGUGCCAGUGGUGUGAGAACUUACUUCGCAAAAGUCCUAAGCUACCAGAGAUUCCGCUCUUCACAGAGGACAGUUCCACUAUCCCUAUUGAAGGACAGCUCGAGAUCGACGAGAGUCUUCUGCGCGACUCCGCCUUGGGUGGUUGUUAUCUAUGUACUCUGGUCUUGAGAGAAACACAGCGCUCUUAUGGAGCGACAGAGAAAACACCUCCUUUUCGGAGCGUCGCUCCAUAUGUUGUGUGGUCAAGGUUAGUAGCCCCUGUGAAUUCAGGUAUUGCUGGGGAUAUGGACGAGGGGUUCGAAGACGAUUACACCUAUGGUUCAACUCAUGGGGUCACAUUGGCCACUCGCCAUGAGGGUGGGAACUUUUACUCCACGUUCUUGAUACGACACCCGCGCACUUCUGAGCCUCCAUCUGCCUUUUGUCGAAGCAUCUAUACGGGUUCGGAUGAAUGUCUGGAACGCUGCAGAGUAUGGCUACAAGACUGUUUGGAAUCCCAUUCAGGAUGCCAUCAUAGCUUACCGUCUAAAGUCCCGACGCGUCUGAUUGAGAUCAUGAACCCUCGCGAGAUCAGACUCGUAGAACCGACGAAUACGGUGCAAUAUUUCGUAUUAAGCUAUUGCUGGGGUGGUUCAGACGUCUUGAAGUCCACAACCGAAUCUCUUGAGGCAUUCAAAUCCUCGAUACCAUUCGAUCAAUUAGCACUCACAAUCCAAGAUGCUAUCGGAGUAGCCUAUAGGCUUGGAUCCCGUUUCCUGUGGGUUGAUAGCCUCUGCAUAUUACAAGACGAUGCUCAAGAUUGGCAACGAGAAGCAAAAGGCAUGUGCGACGUCUAUCGUAACGCCGCAUUGACCAUUGCAGCACUGGGGGCAGCACGCGCUACAGACGGAUUGUUUGCGCGGCGUGAUCCGUUGGUCUUCCAAGGAUGUCAGUUUUACCGAACAUGGAAUCAGACUCCCGACCGUAGUCACCAUUCCCCAAGUGUCGUAAAUCAGUAUGCUUGCUUCAGCAGCAGCACUUUGAAUUCGCGCGGCUGGACCUUCCAAGAACGGGCUCUGUCACGACGUACCUUGUAUUUUGGAUCCAGUAUAUUUUGGGAGUGUAAUUCCAAAUUUGAGACAGAAGGUAAAUUGAACUACGGUGGCUUAGAAGCUCACUUCAAGGCCCUUGUAUUCCCGGCGGUAAAGGGGAGCCCAGUGUUGCAAGAACCUCAUCAAGACGAUACGCUUGAGACGACAGCAUCAAAGACACUUCAAGCUUGGUCGGCUCUGAAAAAGUGGGACAAGAUACUCCUCGAUUAUACACUUCGGAAUCUUACCUACCCCAGCGACAGGCUCCCUGCAAUAGCAGGUCUCAUCGCUCACUAUUCACAACUUAUGAACUGGACGAAUAACUGGGGACUAUGGAAGGACCAUUUGACUAUCGAGUUACUGUGGAAAGUCUUGUCCGAUACGCGUGGUCCACAUCGCAAUACGGCAUGGCCGACCUGGUCGUGGAUUAGCAUACAAAGCCAGGUUUCACUAGGUGGUAGAUUCGAGGGCUUCCUUGCCGAAGCACGCUUUGAUGAACUUGAUGACUCCGCUGUCAUCCUCCAUGGUGUUCCACUCGAAAUAUCAGAGCUCGACCCACAGACCUACAAUCCAUUAGAGGCAGACACGCGGAAUAGGAAGGAAAGUCUGAACAGUGUUGAAUGGGACACCACUGAUAUGAAUUUCGCUGACCGUCCCUUCGGCGUACCUUUGACGUGGGCAUACCUUCGAGAAUAUGCUCAGCCAAACAGUGACAGAGUCAUUCUGCACGGCCUUUGUUUGGUUGCGGAUGGUUCCACAGGUUCAUAUCGACGUUGUGGAAUCAUCAAUUUCGUCACAAACAAAACUACUGCUCGCCAAUACGACAUCCGCUUUCACUCAAAACAGGUAUUUCGCAUCGUCUAA